ACCCGGUAAACGGUAGUUUCAAGUGGUGAGUUGGCAAUCUUGCAAUCAUCGUGGUUUACCAUCCGAAUCCCUCCCUAACCUCUAAACUUACAUGUUUUUACUGAAUUUUUCCAUGUUGACGGGGGGGAAAUAGAAAAAAUAUAAAUCAUCGUUGACUGAUUGAAAAAUUUGUACGAAUAAUCGCCAGCGUCGAGUGAAUUCAAGUACUUAUACACUCAGUUGAACAUUAAACGCAUGUACUUAGUACUAGUGGAGCAGAUAUUUAUGAGUAAUUGGAUAAACAUUUGAAUGAGUUAUGAGUGGACAGAAAUUUCAGUACGACGAGAGUGGUGGAACGUUUUUCUAUUUUCUACUGUCAUUUCUUGCGCUUAUUCUUGUACCUGGGACUUAUUACCUCUGGCCACGAUCACCUAAACAAGAUCCAGAUCAGUUAUCGAGGAAAUGCAGAUGUCCAGACUGCCAGAGGAAGAAGGAGAUCCUGGCACAGCAGAAUCCAGGAAAGACGACAAAAACAAUUCUCAUAAAGGCCUUCAUAAUCGUCUGCUGGAUAUUCCUAGCUUUGCUAGCCUACAAGGUCUCCCAGUAUGACGCGGAGAUGGCGAAUUUCGAUCCCUAUGAAAUCCUCGGAGUCUCAUCAGGUGCAUCAGAGCGUGAGAUAAAGCGUUCAUACCGUAAACUCUCGCUGAUUCUUCAUCCGGACAAAGAGACAGGUGAUGAGAAGGCUUUCAUGAAGCUGACAAAGGCUUAUCAAGCCCUGACAGACGACGAGGCCCGCUCCAACUGGGAAAAAUACGGCAAUCCAGAUGGUCCAGGUGCCAUGUCCUUCGGUAUAGCUCUUCCCUCGUGGAUCGUCGAGAAGAAAAAUUCAGUCUGGGUGCUGGGACUGUACGCAAUGGUUUUCAUGGUGGCUCUACCCACUGUCGUCGGCAUGUGGUGGUACAAGAGCAUUCGUUACACUGGUGAUCAAGUUCUCCUCGCUACAACCCACAUGUACUACGGCCUCUUCAGUGGCACCUGUACAACUGUUUUAAAACGUGUAAUUAUGAUUCUUGGUGCAUCCUAUGAGUUCUGCAAGGGUGCAAACGCUGAGAUUAUUGAACGUCAGUCUGACAACGAGGAGAUGCCAUCGCUCAUUAAAAAACUUCCCAACCUGGGGGAGAAAAAUAAAGAGCCACCUCUGUGUCAUAUGUACUCGAUCAAAGCUCGGGCUAUAAUUCACGCUCAUCUGUCGAGAAUUCCCUUGAAUCCCCGGACCCUCGAGAAGGAUCGUCAGUACAUCGUGAAGAAGUGCCCUUAUCUCAUCCAGGAGAUGGUGACGUGUGUCAAUCAGCUGAUUCUUCUUGCCUACUCUGGACGACUGCCACUUCUCCCAACUAUUCACACUAUCGAAAAUUGUAUGAAACUUUCACCGAUGAUUGUCCAGGGCUUUUGGCAAUUUGCCAAUCCUCUGCUGCAGCUGCCACACAUCGAGGAGGAGCAUCUCAAACAUUUUCUCGGUAAGAAGAAGAAUGUCAAGACACUCCAGCAACUGGCCCAGCUCAAGGGAAAUGAGAGGAGACAGCUCCUCCGAAUGCUGAGUGAUGAGCAGUAUGAGGAUGUAAUCAGGGUCCUCGGUAAUAUGCCUUAUGUUGAUUUUAAAGUGCUGUCUGAGGUGGUUGAUGAUGAUAAUCCAACAGUUUACACAGCUGAUGCUGUUGUUACGGUUACGGUGACACUCACCAGGAGAAAUAUGAGAGAAUUGUUUGGGGAUGAAACAGCCAAGGAGAAGACUGUUGAUGAGGGUGAGGUUGAGGGUGAGGAGAAGGAGGAGAAAAUUGAAGCAUCCAUGAAGAAGACGUCCUGGUGGAAGCAGAAGAAGGGGGCAAAGUCGAAGAUUGAUAAGAGGAAGAAGCAGAGAGUAUCCAAAAAAACGGUGCCCAAGGGAAAGAAGUCUGUUGAGGAGGAGAGUGAGAGGGAGCGGGAGAGUGUGGGUGGUGGUGAUAAUGCCAAAGAGGAGAGCUCUGAUAACUCUGAGGGGGAGAGUGAGAAGAGUGAGGAGGAGAAUGGCAAGGUCAAGGUCAAUCAGGAGGAUGAUGAUGAGGAGUGGGAAAAAUUUCAGCAGAGGAUAGCUAAGAAGGAGAGGGUUCUUGAGGGUAGGAGCAAUGUUUCUCAUGAGGUUCACUGUCCACUUUUUCCCGAUGUCAAGCAGGAGUACUGGUGGGUCUAUAUUUGUGACAGGAAGUCUCAUACUCUCAUUACUACGCCCAUUCAUGUCACUGGGCUUGUCGACACCGAGGAGGUACAGCUCAAGUUUGCUGUACCUAGCUGGAAGGGUUUAUUCACUUUCUCUGUGUGCCUCAGGAGUGACUCGUAUCUGGGGUUCUACCAGACUCAGGAUAUUAAGCUGGAUGUUAUAGAAGCACCAGCUAUACCAACUCAGCAUCCACAAUGGGAUAUUUCCGAUGAAGAAACUGCCGAGGAGAAUGAUGCAGUUGACGAACAUUCCGAAUACACCACAGAUGAGGAUAUCAGUGACAAUGAAUGAUAAAAACACCAAAUUACUUAAUUAAUUGAAGAUAAUUCAACGAUGAAGUGGUGGAAUUGUUUCAUGAAUCCUUUUUUUUUUUUUUGUAAAUGCAUAUUUUCAUGACGUACGGGUUCACGGAAAAAUAUUAUCGAAAUUUUUUAUUAACUUUAUAUUACAUUUAUUUUAUUAACUUCAUAUUAAAUUCACCGAGAAAAAUCUCGGGGAAAAUUUUCUUUAGAAUUGUCCAAAUUUUCACGUUCCACCACUUCAUCACAAUUAAUAACCAGAAUUAACGAGUUAAAGUCAAAUAAAUCAACUAAUUAAGCACCCCAGCUGAUCAAGAAAAUCAGCCAGGCAGCUCCUCAAAUUUUUUUAUACUAAGAAAUAAAUUUUUGAAAUUAAAUGAAUACCCGAAUGAGUGGAAAAAAUUCUGAAUUCAAUCUAGAUCUAAAGUGAACUUUUUUAUGCAAAAAAAAAAUCUUCAGACAGACUAGUUACUUAAUGAAGUAGAAGUGUGUGUGUUACUCCGGAGAAUAAUAAUUAUGAAAAUAUAAUUAUUAUAGUGCGACUGUGCAUAAUAGUGAAACUAAAAAAUUCAUAGAUUGAUCACGAAGAAUUAUAAAAUGAUACAUAUUAUACAUUAUACAUACUAUAUUUAUUUUAACAAUUGUUGCUCGGUACGAUUAACUGUAGGGAUGACUACAUGUGCACAAUCUUUUUAAUAAAUUAUAUUGUCUAUGAAUUAAUCAUAAACUCCACUCAAUGAAUUUUUUUCUGUUUAUUCUUCUAUU